AUGUUCAGUAAACUGCGUCAGCUCGGCGCGAACCACACUAGUAGCACCAAACAGGAGGGCGAUGCGCUCCCGGGUUUCUACACGUUCCAGAGCCAUUUUGGGUCGGUGUCGCUGCAUCGCUCGGACUCCCUACGUCUGAUCGGAUUUCCCGAUGAAGUGUUGCCGUCCGUGCGUGGCGUGAUCCAGCAGUCGUGGCCCAAGGGCGUGCGUAGUGAAGGGCUUUACGGAGGGUCGUACGAAUUUCGCAUGCAUGGCUAUCCGUGGUUUGGCAAAGGCCUCGAGGGCGUAGCGGCGCGGCGUCUGAUCCGCAACCUGCUGGCGAUGCUGUGCAGCCUUGGCUGGGUCAUGACGAUAUCGAUGGAUGUCAGCAAGAAGACAGAAGACAAAGACUCGAUGAUAUUUCGGCACCAGUCGCCGCCGCCGCCGCAGUGUGAGUGGAUCAGCGUGUCGUUUUCAAGUUGGGACAAGAUCCGGCUGUACGAUGCGCCGUCCGAGCUGAUUACGGCACUGACGCAGGACUUGAGGCCAGUGCUCUCGCCAGCCACCGCCUUUCAGCACAGCCCCGGUGUGGCCGAGCUUCGGUGCGUCGGCGCGCCAUGGUUCGCCAACGGCAAGGCCACUAUGAUGUCGCGCCAAAUCGCCCUGCAAAUCGUCAUGACAUUCGAGCAGCAUGGCUUUUCCGUGUACGCCUCUAUUGACCAGAAACUCAACAUCGAUAAUAGGCGCCAAGGGCAUCCCACGUUCUCCGAGACGGACACCUGGCAUGCGUGCCGGCCCGUCGACUGGCGCCCUGGAAUGCCCGUCUUCCACAAAUAG